UAGUUGAGUAAAUGAAUAGGAUUUCACAGUGUGACCGGGGGUGGUAUAUAAUCACAGCUCCCUAGACUAUCAGAUUGUUGGCCGUUGAGCACCUUGGAGCAUAUAAGAGAGAAGGACACACCAACUCAUUCAUUCAUUGUUGGAAGUUCAAAGAUAACAGUCAGUGCAGCAUUCGGCCAAACGAAAGUCAUAUAAAUACAUUGUGUCACUUGUUCAUUUCAUCCGGAGGAUAUUAUUUAUUUACUUAUUUAUUUAUCUGUGCGUUGGUGUUCGAUAUCAUUAUUAACUGUAACUUACAAAAUUGAUUUGCAAUAAUAAUGGAUUUGAUGUGUUGUGAGGCUGAAUCUUUACAAAGAGCGUACGAAGAUCCAGUACUGUUAAAAGAUGACAGAGUUUUGCACAAUUUACUUGCUACAGAAGACAAAUAUCAGCCAUCAGCAAGUUAUUUUAAAUGUGUUCAAACAGACAUUAAACCUUACAUGAGGAAAAUGGUUGCAGAAUGGAUGUUAGAGGUGUGCGAAGAACAACAAUGUGAAGAAGAGGUAUUUCCUUUAGCAAUGAACUAUAUAGAUCGAUUUAUGUCAGUGGUCGAUAUUCCUAGAACAAGACUUCAACUUUUAGGAGCAGUUUCAAUGUUUCUGGCAUCAAAAUUAAAAGAGACAAAUCCAUUAACGGCUGAAAAAUUGGUUGUGUAUACAGAUAAUUCUGUCACACUAGAAGAUUUAAUGACAAUGGAAUUAUUAGUUUUGAACAAAUUGAAAUGGGACUUGUCAGCCAUCACACCUCACGAUUUCUUGGAACAAAUUUUAAGUCGGAUACCAAUGGAAACGGACCUCCGAAAUUCAAUAAAAAGACAUGCACAGAUAUUGAUUGCCUUAUGUUCAAAAGACUGUAAGUUUAUGAUGUACCCUCCCUCAAUGAUAGCCGCCGGAAGUCUUGGAGCAGCAGCACAUGGACUGUUAAAAUCUUCAAGUCAUAAAUUAUUGGGGAACCUGCAUCAAAUUUUAGGAAUAGAUAUUGACUGUUUACGAUCGUGUCAAGAGCAGAUAGAACAAACAUUAGCAUCAAGUUUAUCGAACGUUGACAACAACAUGCAAGAAACAAAUUUAUCAAAAACAGACUAUCAUUCAAAUAGAGACCAUAUAGAAGGCCAACCAACAACACCCACAGAUGUUCAGGAUAUUGUUUUCUGAGAGGUCGGACUCACAAAUUUAUUAAUCCAAACGCUGCCAAGUCUGCUGCAUUUAAACUUUUUAUGAGAGAUUUUUAUGUAUAGUGUUUCGGUCCCCCUUUGCCAUAUCCGACAGAGUGUUGCUGUUCAAAGAAUUCAGGUGUUAGUUAGCAAAGGACGAUAUACCCGCUGAAAUUAGAGUCAUAUGUGUUCAAAACUUUAAUAUAUUUCGGUUUCAGUCGGUGAAUUGUCAACUUUCUCUGAUAUGUAGGAAAGGGUGUAAUUGUUGAUGUUUUUAUUGUUAAUGCUGUUUAUUAUUUGUUAAACCCAUUUAUUAUGUUGAAGAUAUGUACAAGUGUUUGUCACAAUCCACUUAAAUGUUCAAAAUGCAUCCUCAUCAGACAUAAACACUCCAUGUUCAUUUAAACGAAAUGGUGCUGAGUUUUCAAAAUAUGCACAAAAUGAAAAAGAAAAUUUUUAUAUAUAUUUUUUUCACAUGAAUUGUAGUGAUUGAUGUUAAAGUUUUAUUCCAAAUUGUAAUAGUGCUAUCAAAUUAUUGGUUUAAAUUUGGAAUAAAUCACUGAUGCAUGUCAUUGCUGGAUUGUGGUAAAAGACCAAGGGGUUAUCUGCCCCUAGUAAGCAAAACAAAGAAAGAGGGUUAAAAUUAUACCUUAAAUAACGAAUGUAGAGUAGAAAGUAUCAUUAUUUAUUAUAAAAUCAUCUUUUAGUGUGCUUUAGUCACAAAUUACUAAUGUGUUCAAAAAUCAUAUAUUAAGUUAAAAAUAUUUCAACCAAGUUGAAAUGAUAUUUUUUAUUUAUUUAUUCUUUCUAAAAUGAAUAUGUCUCUGGAAUAAAUUCUCAAAUUGCAUUAAGUGCCAUUGUUAUUAAAAUGUAACAGUCAUUUAUGAAGGGUAUUCAUAUUUCUUUAUGUUUUAAGGAGAUAUAAUGUCACUUUUAUUCAUGUUAUUUUAAAACAAAACAGGGACCAUAUUUUUAUUCUAGUUUGAACAGUUUGUGGUAGAUUAAUAGAAUAUCUACCUCUGAAUAUACUUCUCUGAAAAUAAAUAAGUUGUGUUAAAAUAAUGCUUUUUCUACCUCUGUCAGAGAUGAACUUUCAAGGAUACUUAAUUUAUUUUGCAUGUGAUAACAAUUUGUACAAAAUGUAUAAUUUUUAAUUUGUCUGAAUAUCUUAUUUUUUUUUAUUUUUGUAAACUUCUGAUUCAAGAGAUGUCAGAUAAUUGUCAUAUUUUGUGAUUUUAAAUAGGGCAGUGUGGGUACAUUUUUGUACCUAUAGGCAUCUCAUAAAUUGGACAAGAUCUGAUAAUCUUAAAGGUUAGGGCAGUAUUAGAACCUAAACAAAGGCAAUAGGAGAUAGUCUUUCAUUAAGUAAAAUAAAUAAACUGUGAUAAAUGUACCAAACUACUUUAUGAAUCAUGUGUAAAACUGAUGAAUGAAAUUUGUUAUUUAAUAAAAUGAGAAAAUGAGUUAUAAUCCAGCGUGGCUUAUUUAUAGACUAUAACGAGUGACUUGUGAGAGAAAAUUAGAGUGCCUUUAUACACUAUAAUUUGGUCCAAGAUUACACAUAAAAUUUUGAAAAAACAAAAUAAAAUGUUGAAAUCAUGUAAAAGGACCACAUUUCUGUAAAGUGCAAAAAGAAGUUUAAAUUUCAAACUUUAAAUUUUUCGGGACCAUUGUUUUAUGAUAACAUGGUCAAUUUUCGUUUGUUUAAGUCACUGUUUGUGUAAUAAUGUACUAUACUGGAGUGUAAAAAUAGAAUGUUGAGUACUUAUGUACUUAUUAGGUUGUUAGUACCAGUGAUGGAGGGGUGAUAGGUAACACAAUGAAUGAAUGAAUGGAAUGGUCACGGGAUAGAGAUGUAUGUUGUUUCUUUCUGCCGUGAAUUUUUACAAUUCUGAUUUAGUACAGAGAUGUAAUAAAAUCAGAUUGAACAUUU